AAAGAGAAAGGGUUGCUAUGGUGUUCAGUUCGAUUUAAAGUCUGGUAUAAAAUGGACAGGUCCUCUGAGAUUUUGGAUGAUUCCAUCUCGAAGUUGCUUAACAAGCGCCCGGAGAACAAAGACGAUGAUAUCCCUUGCAAAAUGGUCAAACCUUCACCAGGUUUCUGUGUCAAAACACAUACUUUGGAAGGGGAUAAAGUUUUUAUGAAUAUUUGCUAUACUGAUGACAUUCCUGAACCUGAAGAUUUGACAGAUGCUGAGCUGAUAACUAUAUUAGAAUCUGAGGAACCGGCGACCUUUAAAGUUCCAAUGAGCCUUGGAUCUUUGCACACCGAAGUUGACAAGAGUGGAAAUCUGUGUUCUGCAUAUGAUAUCGCUAUAAAUUCUCGAUUCUUCAAUAAAAUUGUGACUAACCAGCUCUUCCAAACUUUCUUCCUUACGGUCGUCAUGGAAGGACUAAUGGACAAAUAUUCAUUAGAGUUGACAUUAAGAGAACCUAAACCAUAUCACAUAAUUAAGAACAGGAAAUGCCUCGGGACGUUGCAAAUGCAUAGAAUACAACAGAGGCCUGUUAGAAAGAAUGUACCUUUAAUUCAGGAGCUGCCUUAUGUCUCUCCUUAUACAAAAGUUGAAACAAAACCGAAUCUUAAUGAAAACAAAGAACAGCCAAAAAGUAUGGACUGCAAUCCUACAGUGACUAGAAAGUACGGUGUCAAAAAAACGGAUUCCAAACUUCUGUUAAACGAUGAGUUAGAUGAGUCCCUAGACAUCAGAUUGACACCUCAGCCAAAGGCUAAGCCUUUAAUUGAAGAACUUCCUGAACUUAGCAAACAGAAAAGCAUAAAAAAGAAACCCCUAAUUGAAGAAAUUUCAGAUGACGAAUAUAAUAAAAUUAAACAACAAAGCAAGAAACAAUGUGAAGUUAUAGAAACGGAUGUAAAAAAUUCUUCAAAAGAAGUUAAAUCAGAUAAUUUCCCUGUUAAUGAAAUUUCUCAUCUUGACAUAAAUGAAUGCGAUGAAUUAAAAGAUAAUAAAUUUGACACAUCAAAAGAAAAUUUGUUAGCUGUAGAUGAUAACAACAAAGUACGAUUAUUCGGAGUCCCAAAUAAUGAAAGGCCUGAAAAAAUUGUGGCUUUUAUAAAAUUCAAAGCUCUUUCUGGCCAAGACAUUUCACUAGAUGUCAGCGAAAAAAGGGUUGUGGCUUGUGGGAAAAAAUCCCCAGACCUUGUCGAUUUUAACCUUCCGGUACGAAUCACACCAGAGAAAGUAACAGCCAAUUACUGCGUAAAUCUUCAGGUACUUAAAUUAAUUCUUCCUAUCAUGCAGUUGCAAGAAUCUGUAAUGGCAAUCGAUUGAAUUUACAAAAAUAAAGAUAAUUUUUAAUAUUUGA